CAUGUGGGCCCCACAGCUGCUCACACAGAUCCUUCCAUGUUCAGGGAGGACAGUACGUGAGGGGAUUUUCCUUCUCCUUUCAAGCCACCGGUCUACAAAAUGGGCCUGAGCUCUUCCAAGGCGCACCCCAAGGUGACCAAGGUGGCACCAAUGUAUGCUGGGGAGGACCUGCCCAUUCUCACCACCCCAUACUGGCACCCCAGCAUGCUGGGACAGCCCAGCCUUCACCCACUGGCUGCGGUGAAGUGGGGAAACCCCACCAUUCACAAGGAACUUCCACCUCUCCGGGAGACCUGGUAUGGACAAGCCUCUGCAGGACCCCUUUCUUUCAAUGCUGUGCCAGAAAAGGGAGAAACCAGCAUCAUUAAACAGCACCCACCUCGAAGACCUCAGAGGCUUGAACCCGCCUGCCCUCUGCAAGCAAUUGCUCCUGCAAAGCCCUGGAGUCAGCAAGAAGUGGCUGCAAGCCCAAAACCAAAGGCUCUGGAGAAGAAGGGGCAAAGCCUGAGACACCUCCCUGGCAGGCGGCAGCACUUGCACAAGCUGCAAAUGCUGGACUUGACCCGCAGGCGCCAAGAGGCAGAGCUGAAGCGAAAUCUCCACAGGGAGGCAAACAUCAACAAACAAAAAAUCAAGGAAUUCAGCCCGAAGAAAGUCCUUGACAGUCUCCAGAGAGGCAACAGCACCGAAAGCCAAGACCUCGUCCCUGCUGAGCACAAUCAGCGUUUUCAUGGAGAUGACCGUGGAAACACGUGGGGUGGAGGACUCUCCAGGCAGCAUGAUGGGGCUGAACUUUCUCCAGGCAGAAGCAGGAAGGUUGACCUGUGGUUCUGCAGGGAGACGCGGAUGAGGGAUCUGUUCUGGGACACCUCCAGCACAGGGACUGAGGAGUGGGAAAGGGAAGAGAAGAUUUACCGCAAACCUACGCUUGUGAGAACAAAGACAGAGAGAGUUUCUCUCUUUGAUGACUUCUUUGAUAGGGAUUUCUAGUGAGAGGGACAUGCGGAAGAAAAGCCCCAGCUCUGGUGGUGCUGAAACCCCCCAGGAUGGAUGGACUGAGGGUGGAAACACAACGUUCCCAGUGAGCAGCAUUUCUGGGAGUACAGGCCAGUGGAAAUGGCAGCUGGAAAUGAACAGACCACAAAUGUGGAGUAAAUAAUGACUGUCAGGGUUAUGUGUCUGAAUCAAAAUAUCUGGGGGGAAAAUGGCUUGGACUGAGCAACAAUGAAGUGGGGGUAGAGGGAGGAGGAGGCUGGCAAAAAAACUAAGCAGAUGCUGGAAAAAAUUCUGGGUUAACCCCAAAUAUUGUUCCAACUGAAAUGAAAUGUUUUGCUUGUCUUUGGGUUACUCAGCCUUUCUGUUUAACUUUUUUUAACCUUAUAUCCUUUUCUAAACCACAAAAGCCCAGUUCAAAUUGUAAGGUAAAAUGACCGAUUUAGGAGGUCUCUAAAAUAAAUACCCUGCAACUCUAAAAUUC